AUGCGGAGACGGGGGAUGUGGUACGUUUUUCUUUGCGCUGGAUUAGCUGCGUCUACGCCUGCCAACGCCAAAGCGCUUGAACGAUUUACUGAUCAGUGGAUACAUGAAUAUGACCCAACGAUAGAGGACUCAUAUUCGGUGACGCGCAACAUUGACGGCACCGAUUACUUUUUAUCCAUCACCGAUACGGCAGGCCAAGAAGAAUAUCGCGGGCUCUGGGCAGCUUCUAAUCUGAAGUCCGACGCAUUUUUGCUCGUCUACGAUAUCACCCACGGGCCAAGUCUCGAAGCUCUCGACUACUUUAUGGAUAUGAUUGACAUCGAGACCGAGCAGCGACUGGAGGACAAUCAGCGACUUAUGAGGGAACUGGGCCGGAAGGCUCAGAAUCGCCCGGUGGGAUUGCCACCACCAGUGAAGAUCGUUGCUGGCAACAAAUGCGAUCUUAAAGAGGCUAGAAUAAUUUCGGCUCGAGAUGGCCUUGAAUACGCGCGCAAGCAUGGAUCUGGUUUUAUGGAGACUAGUGCGAGGGAGAUGGUCAACAUUGAGGAAACAUUUGCGCUAAUCGUACGACGCGUGGUUGAAGCCCGGAGACAGCACUACCAGUCCCAACAGCUGGAUGCCCGAAUGGGGUCCUCUACUGCUCGCACACCAGCACUUACUGUCAGCGAAAGGCAGCAAGCAAGCGACCAACAGCCGUCAAAAAGCACAUCCCGCCGAGGCGCAGGAUUCUCGCUGUUUAAGAGAGAUCCCUCUAAACGGGUGUCAUUCGUAGAUGUGGACGAAAAAGGACCCAGCGAGCUUGAGCGAGGGGGCCAAGCAAACAAACAACAAUCCAUCGCCUCCCGGUUGAGGACGGGGGACGCGAGAAUGGAGCAUUCGAGGGCCGAAGAUCACCACGCCGAGUCGACAGCAGCGACGCAGCAAUACAGCGAGGAGCCUCACCUAGAGGACACGCUCUCAGAGGACUUUGAAUAUGUUACCCGUACACAGGAUGCUUCUGCACCCGCCUUGUCGCCCAUGGAAGAAGAGCACGACGCGCAAGAUUUUAUAGAACAGAGCAGCGUGCUGCAGUACUCGAUAGACGUCGAUGAUGACGACGUUCACCGGCAAAAUAAUAAGACAAUGCUAGAAGAGCAGGAGAUGCAAAGGAAACUACAAGAUAUCGAAUCAAGCUUUCUACCGGAACCUUCUACUAUCGAAAUCACACCCGCCGACGAUCACGAUGGUGGUGCUGAUGACACCUACCUCGUCGGAGUCACCGAUCCAAACGGACAAGAGGGCGCUUAUGAUCCGGACAUAUCGCAAAUACAGGAAGAGAGCUCUGUACUGGAAUUGCCUCGCAUCGUGACGGAAGAAGUAACAGAGGAUCAACACCGUGAUCCCACGACAACACCAGCUUCGAAUCGGGAGUUGGACGUCAAUACUUCGGCGCUAGGGACGCUGAACUCAUCGCCCACCGCAGCAGCUGUCGAGCGAGCUUUAUCUAAUCCAUCCAAAAAUAUGCAAGAGGGCGAUUCUUCGGCCGAAUUUUACCGUAGCCUUACUCCGCGAAAAAGCCGACGUAACCUAUCGCCGGCUCUCUCUGACUCGAGGCGAUCGCGCGAGGCGUUUGUGGAUAAUGAGGAUGAUAGCAGACUUUCGACUUCCCAGUCCGACCGAAAGCGCUCUCGUCCCAAAUACUUGACCAGCCGCCAAUCAUCCCAUCGCUUUUCUGCUUCCUCAAUAAAUAGCACCAACACGGACACUACGGCUAGCGAAGCGACGCUAGGUGCUGAUUUUGCAUUGCAGACAGGGGGCGCAGUACCUUCGAAAACAAAUACGCCUAGUAGGAAUCUGUCUCGGACUAUCAGCCUAGGGAGCAUGGCCUCCGGGGUAUCAGCACUUAGCGAAGAAAAUAUUUUCGAUAAACGUGUACUUAGUGGCGCCACGGAUGGCGGACUACAUACUUUGGAUGAGGAGGAUACAGGCUCUGUGGCUCAUUCUUCGAGGGACUUCGAAGACAACCCUCCAGAAACGCCAAAGGCCAGAUCACAGGAUAUCGACCUACCUCCAGAUACAGUAGCUACACAGCAUGUUCAGGAUAUCCAGGUGCCCGGUACCUUUGCCCGAGAGUUCAAUGCAAAGUUUUCUACCAACAUAUCGCCUGACAAAAGAGCCGGAGCACCGACACCUGGUUUUGGGAGGAGUGGCAAGAGCAUGACGCUGAAAGAGCAAAGCAGCACAAUCGAUCGCCUUUCGAAAGAAAACUUUGACCUGAAGAUGAGAGUUCAUUUCUUGAAUGAAGCUUUGAAUAAGCGAUCGGAAGAAGGUAUCAAGGAGAUGAUUUCAGAAAACGUCGAACUGAAAUCGGACAAAAUAAAGCUGCAGAAAGAGAAUCAAGGAAUGAAGAGGACUAUUCGCAACCUGGAGAAGCAACUCAAAGAUAGUCAAUCCAGCAGGGACACGGACGCCGACCAAGAAACCGAGACAAACGAUGAAGAGAAACGAAAUGAAAUUGAAGAAGAGGAGCUGAUCUUCCUCAGAGAGAGAGUUGAAACAUACGAGGUGGAAAUUGAGAGGCUGCGAUCUGAAAGUAUCCUGAGGGAAAGCGAAAAGCGCCGAUUAGCAGAAAUCGUCAAAUCUAUCGGAGACUCUCGGCCGAUCGAUUCAGAUGCUGGCGCGAGAGAAGAAAGAGAAAUGUGGAAAGAUAUGCUCGAUGCUGAAACCGCCGCUCGUGAGCAGGCUGAGGAGGAGAACCGCAAGCUUCGCGAUGAGAUACUACGGGCUAGAGCUGAAGGAAACAUCGGUUCAGAAGCUGGCAGGUAUGGAAGAAGCGGUCGAAAAGGCUCUAUCAUAUCGCACUCCACAGCAUCUGAACGAGAUCAUGAACGCCGACUCACGGUCCCAAGUUCCGCAAGCAGUACCCUCGUAGAACUUGAAUUGCUGAAGAAAGAAAAUACUGAACUGCGCAGGGAAGUCAGCGUGCAGACGUCAAUGCUAACAUCCCGUAAUAGAGAGAAAGAGCGCUUGUACCAAGAAAUCGAAGAUCUUAAGCUCCAACGGAGUGGAAGGUCUAUUGCUGGAGAUAGCAUCUUUGAACGCUCAGCUUCACGAGCUCAUGUUCGUUCUUCGUCACGAGCAAGUAAUGGCACACGGGAAUCUCGCGCCAGCGAUUCAGAGCGGGAAAACAUGGAAGUGCGUAAUGGUGAACUACGCGAUCAAGUUUCCAGUCUCAAGCUCGAAAAUCAGGGCCUGCGAAGCCAGCUCGACGAGUACAUGGCCGAGAUUGAGGCGCUAGACAAAGCAUACCAGGCAGAUGUAGACCAAGCUGAGGAGGAACUGCAAGUACUCCAGCAGGAGCGUGACCAAGCUCUGCAAGUUGCCGAAGAGCGCGAAGCUGCAUUACAGGAUCUAAAAAACGAGGCGCAAGAAGAGAUUGACACACUUGGAGAUGAGCUUGACCAGAAAGUCGACGAGUGUCAACGGCUUGAGAUGACGCUUCGGACUCAGGAAGACAAUCUCAAGACCUUGCAAUCUGAAAUGCGGUCUGCCAGCGAGGGAAUCCUAAGACUCGAAGAAGACGCACAGAGCAAUCUUCGAAAAUUCAAGGCAGUGCAACAAGAGCUAGAGGACUCAAAUAGAGAGAUCGAGUCUUUGGAGAAAGAUCUAUUUGAGGCAAAUGGCAAAGUUCAGAGGCUGACAGUCCAGAUUGAGUCGAGCCAGGGCGAGAUCAUGUUUUUGCGCGAAGAGCAAGAUGCGGACAAGAUUCGAAUCAGCGAGCUUGACUCGGAACUUAAAACCUCUCGGAUGAACCUACAGGUUGAAAAGGAAAAGGCGAAAGAGUUGGAAACGCGACUAGCAGAGGAAAGACAUCAGCGGGAAGUGGUCGGCAGCAAAGAAAAGCAAGAAGUCCAACGAAUUAUGAACGAGCUCAAUCGGGAAGCUUCAUCGGCUAGGGAUGAGGUCCGACGACUGAAAAAGACACUAUCAGCGCGUGAAAUUGAGGCUACCACAUGGAAAGAGCGCCUCAUGGAUCUAGAGAACGGGCUGCGAGAAGCUCUUGGAGAUUUAAAUGGUACCCGAUCGAGCUUGCUAAACUCCAUUAUCAAACUGCAGAAGGAGCUUGAAUCCAAGUCUCUCGACUUGGAGAGCACGCGCUCAAAGCUCGAUGAAAAGGAGUCACUCUUGCAAAGUCGCGAGGCUCUCUUAGAAAGUCACGGGCUGGAGUCUCGCAAGCUCGCAGAUCUCCUAGAUCGAGAAAGACAAGCUCGCCGAGCAGACAAACAUUCUUUCGACCAGUCCUUAAAAUCCCAGCAACAUGCAUCAAGGACGAUCACUCAGCACAAUUCCCGCAUUGCCGACCUAGAAAAUGCCAGGAGCCAGGACCGGAAACGGUUUGCUACUCUCGAACAGCAGCUCAAGGACCAACUCAGUGAACGCAACGCACUGUACUUGACGUUGUGGAAGAGGCUCUCGGCAAUGUGUGGUCCAGACUGGGCUCACUCCAAUAGCCUUAUCAAUGGCAACCUCCCUAGCUUGGAGGUCAUUGGCAACCUUCUUUUCUGGCCGGGUUUCAGCCGCAAUCUCAUUCUUGCCGUGAAGACUGUGGAAAACAUGCUCUCCGGAUUCAAGACCCGUAUCAGGGCUGUUGAACGCGACCUAAGCAAAGAAUACCAGGCCCUUGAGCACAACUUUGGCAUUCGGGCCAAAAAGCUUGAGCGCCUCGAAGAAGCUGUCCGGAAUAUUCGCAGCCAGCAACGAGCUUCUGGUGUUUCGCCGGAGGUCAUCAAGUUGCGGGGCGAGAAUCGCCUUAUGAAAGCUGAACUCAACUUGAUGCAAUCCACCUUUAAGAAUCGACACUCUGGCUCUGGUGCAGGUUAUGCUGCUGGUGCAGACCUGGAGCUUGAUCGUACAGCAGUGGCCUCACCGACAGUCAGUCGUACAUCGGCGGUUGUUCGCUCGGACUCCCGCAGUAAGAAAGGAACGAUAACCCGCAGCGCGUCGAGUAUCCCGCAGCCGACCACCGUCGUGACAGAGACAUCAUCAACGUCGUCAUCCCAAAAACCGACAGACUCUGAGCAGGACAAUAUCAUGAAAUCACGGUUACGAGAACUCGAACGCAGAUUGAAGUUGGAGCGGGUGGCAAGAUUGGCGGAUCGCGACGGGGCGCGGAAGCGACUCGAGGAGCGAGAUGCAGAAAACGAAGAGCUUCGAGCUGAGCUUGAACGAGAGCGCAUGCGUUGGGGCACGCGGGCUCUGGAGGCAGCCUCUCUCAGCAGGGCUAAUAGCCAGAGGACAGCUAUCGAGUCGGGGCCGACCUCUGGAGAUGAUGACAAGCGCACAUCUGGUAGCGACAAUGAGGAUACUGAUGCCCAUAGCUCGUACGGCGAAGGCUUCACAGUCGAUAUCGAGAUGAAUUAG